CCUUCCUGUAUCCGGCUCCGGCUCCGCCCCGCCCACCCACCAUGCUCUUCUUCAGCUUCUUCAAGACGCUCAUCGACCACGAGGUCACCGUCGAGCUCAAGAACGACAUCCAGCUCAAGGGCACGCUCAAGAGCGUGGACCAGUACCUCAAUAUCAAGCUCGACGACAUUUCCGUCGUGGAGGAGCUCAAGUACCCUCAUCUCACCUCCGUCAAGAAUGUCUUCAUCCGUGGCUCCGUGGUGCGGUACGUGCACUUGCCAGCUGCGUCGGUAGACACGCAGCUGCUGGAGGAUGCGACGCGGAGAGAAGCAGCAGCUCAGCAGGCCAAGGCGAGGUGAUUUGGCGCGAUAACGACAAUACAUGACACUAGUAUCAGAAGAUGGCCUGUGGCAUAUUACAAGCCCUGCUCAUGGAAGCGUUCAUCUGAACACCUGCAGUAGUUGAUGCGAGGCUCGCACCGCUGCAAGGGCUUCACAUGGAGCUAUGUCUGUCGGACCAUAGAUAAUGCAGACGAGUUGGCCGUUCC